UUUCAGGAGGGAAAACAGUGUUUGUAAGAUGUUCUUUUUCAAGCUAAUGGUCAUGAAAUGGAUUAUUAAGCUCCCAGCCGGAACAGGAACAAGGUGUCACAGAGUCAUGGCGAUCUUCAACCACUUGCUGCUGGCUUCCUUUUUGGUGCCUCUGGUGCUGAGUUCCCCUUUCUAUCCACCGACAUGCUACACCAAGGUACUGAACCUGGCCCGAGAGCUCACCCAGUGGGCCGCACAUCUGAAGUGGGACCCUGAAACUAGUAGGUGCAUGGCACACAUGCCAGAUCUCUACCUUGAUGUCCAUAACGCCUGCGUGAUGUACAAAAUAAGGAGCUACAUCUCCCUGCUGGAGAGCCUGCGACAGCGCCGCUGUGCCUACACCCGAGACGUGAGGAAGCUGUGGGGCAAUCUGAGACAGCUCUUCAUCUUCAUGGGGGAGAAAUGUCACGGGGACUUGGUGUUCACGAUCUUUGACUGUGCUGCACUGGAGCGUUAACGUCUGGAUUCUGAAAUCACCACGUCUGCUCAGACAGAGACAACAUUACAGUCCUCAUGUGGAGUGAUCGACAGACACAAAGCUGAUAUUAAACAUAUGUCGACUAUGUUUCUGUUAUUAAAAAAGUUGAAUAUGAUUAGUGUUAAUGCCACUGAUUAUCACAAUGAUCUCAAAGAGGAAACAUUUUAAUAUAAUAAACUUCAUUAAAAGUC